GACAUCAGCAGACAACCCAAAUUCCUACAUAACAAAUGCCAGCUAAUUUGCUGUAAUGUACUAUGAAGAUAUUGCUGAAGGUCUAUUGGAAACAACCUCUCUACCUUCACAAGGUACCUGUAACACUCCUUGAGUAUUCCAUGAAUGCAGUCACACAAAGUAUAGAUGCUAUAGUUUCAACCAGUCUUAAUUCGUGGAGAAUGGCCAUACAUGCUUUUACUGGAGAGACUGUUCACCGUACAUUUAGUGGAACCGGAGCAGAUAUGGAUAUUGUUAUCUCCAGUGUCCGUGCCUAUGUUGGUGCAUUGAAUAAGAUGAUGAGUUUCAGAAAACUGUUGGUGAAAAACAACAAACCUGAACGCAGUGCAGUCAUAUAUAUAGGUACUUCUGUGUUGAUCGAUCUUAUGAAACUUAUGCAACUGCACUGGAGCUUUAUCAGUUGUAUAGAAGUACCUGUAGCAACUCUCCAAAAUCUGAAUCCACUGAGCAAUUAUGUAUUGUUUGAGCAUAUGUACUACUUUCUUUGGUAUUUGCACAAACAACCUGACAGAAGCUAUGAAUAUUUUAACUGGUUAGUGGUGCAUUGGACAAUGGAUACAAGGAAAUUGGAGUUGAAUCUUGGAACACCUUUGGCAGAUUCUUCAAUUGCUAGAACAAACUAUAAAAGAUAA